UUCAACAGCACCCUUCUAUCGCAUCGGCUGCUCUAGUCAAAUUUGGCUGUGCCAACGCAAAAAAACAAGCUACCAAGCUAAAACAAUGUACAGUAAACACUUUGUUGACCCAGGUCACUCUUGCGAGUGAGUCGAUCCCUGGUCUCUCGAAGUCGUACAAGCUAAAACAAAAUCAUCUUGUGCGGAGUCCAUGGCUGGUUCCGACAUCACCGCCGUGCCCAGGAAUCGAGCUCUCGUCACCGACGGUGGCAGCACGGCGUGCCAACCGCUGCGCCACCGCUCACCAAGCGUGAAUAUGCUGACACAUUUCUGUUCUGUGCAAGAAAAAAUAAAAAGGGGAUUUAAAAGAGGAACUAUAAUUUAUCGAACUGCAGCACGUCCCAUAUCUACUACUGGCGUAUGGAUCACGUGCCAUAAAACACGGACGCUCUGUCCUCAAAUAGGCAUUGUCGACACACGCGCUUUAGCCUCUGUUCAACGCCGCUGACGAAUAGACGAUUACGAUUCUUAAAACCAUGAAGCUAACGUCACCAAGUUCAUUCGUGUCGCAUCUAUCUCCUCACCUCGCCUUUAGCAUCACCAUCAUCAUCACCACCACCAUCGUCCCUUCUGCUUCCUCAGCUAAUUGCGACCCACUGAACAUAUCCUCCUCGUCGCCUCCCCCCGCCUCCUCCACCGCCACAUGUUUCGAAGCCACAGGAUCCAACUGCCCUCUCGGCCCAAGUUUGAAUUGGGACGUCCUCGUCUCCUUGACGUCGGCCUCGGCCGAGAUUCUGAAGAUCGACUGCAAACUGAAAUCCGUGGAGGUUUCUGAGGGGCAGCCGUUUCCCAUGCUGCCCAACCUCAAUGAGCUCCGCCUGAACAACAACCAGCUGCAAAACCUCCCCACGGGGUUCAUGGGCAACCAUAAGAGCCUCAAGGUCCUUCACCUGGAAGACAACCAUCUCACGAUCCUGCCCAUGGCUUUCCUCAAGGGGUGCGUCAGUAUGGAGAAGCUACUGCUGCACAAUAACAUGCUGAUGCACCUCCCCUCCUUUAUCAAACUACCCCUCAAAUCUCUCACCCUCCACAACAACUUGCUGGUCUGUGACUGCUCCCUCUACCUCAUGCUCCGACACAAAACGACACUGCUUGUGCCCACCGAUUAUGCGCCGGAGUUCCCCAAAUGCCACAGCCCUGUUCAACUAAAAGGCGAACCAGUCAAGAACGUGUCCAUGGACAUGGUUUGCCGGGAUGUGGGCCCCUAUUUCUCCAAGUUGUAUGUCGUGCCAAUGGCCGCCGGGGCUGCUCUGUUUUUGGUAGUUUCCGCUGUAGCUAUUGCAGGGAUGUGGAUGGCCAGAAAACACUCCUACAAUCACCGUCGAGUUUCCAACAAUGCUCCCAUCAGUAAUAUCACUGUUGGAACGAGUUUCGCGACCAGCAAUACGGUCAACAAUGCUUACAUCACCACCGCGGAAUUGUCCUCCCCGUACGUCCCCGAAGAUGUGUACGAUAAUGUGGGGGAGAUGAUAGAGGAAGACAUGGAAUCUGACAAUUAUAUCGAUGGUGAUAUUAAUUAUGACGACAAAGACGAUUAUGAAAAUCUGUAGAUGUGAUGGCUUCAGUUCGGGGUGGACGACUAACCUGGUAUAUGCGAUGGGCAGUUUUCCCCCUUCAAAAUAUCAUGAAGAAAAAAGGUAAUCUGGGUCUACUAAACAAAACUAAAAUUGUGAAUGUAACAAAGCACUCUGUCCAUUAUUCCAUAAUUUGUCAGAAUUUGGCUACAAUUUAAUUCAGGCAUGUUUAUCCCCUGCUAUUUGAGUCGAUGGUGAGGUGGCUCUGCAGAACCGAUAGCGCUAUAAAUCCAUAACUUUUCAAACCUAUAGAAUGCAGUAUCAUGCAUGCAGAAUCUCGAUUGUAUAUAUCUGUAAAAUAUGUACUGGUAUGAACCAAUCAAACCAAGUUGGGGGAGGCGGGGGGGGGGAGUUUUGUAAUUGUGUGUGGUCUGUAAACGUGCAGUGUUAGGCAAACAGUGUUGCAUGUGGUUGGAGCAACGUUGGUGCAACGUUGGACCUCUUGAGGCACAGCGGUGUUAGCCGCUGAGGGUUGUGGAGUGUGACGGAUUUAUUUUUACACGCUUUCAUUUAACUCACUCCGUCUGUUGUCGUAUCCUUACAAAAUCUUCUAGCUCAAUUUUUACCCACUUCCCAAUAUGCUAUCGACUGCAAACUUGGUAUAGGUAUGUCAUACUGAUGACAAUACUAUAUUCUAUCAUUGAAAACUAUAAAUAUAUUUUUAAACAAUCUUUUUUACGGCUCUAAUUGUCAACGCUCAUCUCACGUUGCCUGUAAAUCACCACGUGGUCCCUGACGUCACGGCAAGCCUCGGGGAGCCAC